CAGCAUUAACUCCGCUGAGCGGAAAAAAAAAGAUAAAUAAAAGGGAAAAAAACCCGAGGAGGAGCGAGCGCACCAGGCGACCUCGAGAGAGGCGAGCGAGAGAGAGGAACGCAGCUAGCGAGUCUGCCCCCGGCGCGCCCGCGGCCGGCGCUCGCAGACCCUCCACCCCGCUCCCCGGACUCCCCCGCGCCCUCCACGCCCCUCCCGCGCUAGGGGAGCUCCACGGCGCGCCUCGCGCCUCGGCUUUGACCUUCAGCGAGCCGGAGCCCCCGCGCGCAGAGCCGGCGGCGGCGGGCGGGGGCCGGCGCGGGGCGGGCGGCGGGUGGCGGCGGCGCGGAGCCCGGGCAGCGCGGCGGGAGUGCAGAGCGCGGCGCGGCCGGCCCGCCGCUUUGUGUGUGUCCUGGAUUUGGGAAGGAGCUCGCGGCGGCGGCGGCGCUGAGGGAGGAGGCGGCGGCGAGCUGAGCCCGGAGGAGGAGGAGGAGGAGGGGGAGACGCUCAUUCAUUUUUACUCCGCAUUUCUGUUCCUGGCCGGCCUCGCUCGGACCGGGACUUCGGGGCAAUCCUGCGAACUGCGUCGCGCCCUCCCGUCGCGGGGGCUCGGGCGUCUGGCAGCAGUUCUAACUGUCAGGGGUCGGGUUUGUUUUUCCUCACCGAGACGCAUUUGGGCUUUGCCCCCUUUCUUUGCUGUUUUCCCCCCUUCCUGCCUCUCGGGGUUUGAAAAUGGAGGCCGACGACGCCGACAGCCCGCCCCGGCGCGCCUCGGGUUACCGACUCCGCCGAGCCCUGGGCCGCUGCUGCCGGCGCUGAGGGGCCGCUCUGCGCCGCCGCCCGCCCCGUCCGCGCAGCCCGGCGGGCCCCGGGCCGGCGCCGCCUUCAGAGUAUUGUUUCCUUCGUCCUUGUUUUUGGAGAGGGAGAGAAGACUGAGUUUGAGACUUUUUUCCUUUCCUUUCCUUUUUUUUUUUUUUUUUCAAAGGGGAAUUUCGUCCCAAAUAAAAGGAAUGAAGUCUGGCUCCGGAGGAGGGUCCCCGACCUCGCUGUGGGGGCUCCUGUUUCUCUCCGCCGCGCUCUCGCUCUGGCCGACGAGUGGAGAAAUCUGCGGGCCGGGCAUCGACAUCCGCAACGACUAUCAGCAGCUGAAGCGCCUGGAGAAUUGCACAGUGAUCGAGGGCUACCUGCACAUCCUCCUCAUCUCCAAGGCGGAGGAUUACCGCAGCUACCGCUUCCCCAAGCUCACCGUCAUCACUGAAUACUUGCUGCUGUUCCGAGUGGCUGGCCUGGAGAGUCUUGGAGACCUCUUCCCUAACCUCACGGUCAUCCGUGGCUGGAAACUCUUCUACAACUACGCCCUGGUCAUCUUCGAGAUGACCAAUCUCAAGGAUAUUGGGCUUUACAACCUGAGGAACAUUACUCGGGGGGCCAUCAGGAUUGAGAAAAAUGCAGACCUCUGUUACCUCUCCACUGUGGACUGGUCCCUGAUCCUGGAUGCAGUGUCCAAUAACUACAUUGUGGGGAACAAGCCCCCAAAGGAGUGUGGGGACCUGUGUCCGGGGACCAUGGAGGAGAAGCCUUUGUGCGAGAAGACCACCAUCAACAAUGAGUACAACUACCGCUGCUGGACCACAAACCACUGCCAGAAAAUGUGCCCGAGCGCGUGCGGGAAGCGGGCGUGCACGGAGAACAGCGAGUGCUGCCACCCCGAGUGCCUGGGCAGCUGCGGCGCGCCCGACAACGCCACCGCCUGCGUGGCCUGCCGCCACUACUACUACGCGGGCGUCUGCGUGCCCGCCUGCCCGCCCGGCACCUACAGGUUCGAGGGCUGGCGCUGCGUGGACCGGGACUUCUGCGCCAACAUCCCCAGUGCCGAGAGCAGCGACUCCGAGGGGUUUGUGAUCCACGACGGCGAGUGCAUGCAGGAGUGCCCCUCGGGCUUCAUCCGCAACGGCACCCAGAGCAUGUACUGCAUUCCCUGUGAAGGUCCUUGCCCCAAGGUCUGUGAGGAAGAAAAGAAAACAAAAACUAUUGAUUCUGUUACUUCUGCUCAGAUGCUCCAAGGAUGUACCAUCUUCAAGGGCAAUUUGCUCAUUAAUAUCCGACGAGGCAAUAACAUUGCUUCAGAACUGGAGAACUUCAUGGGGCUCAUUGAAGUAGUGACGGGCUAUGUGAAGAUCCGCCAUUCCCACGCCUUGGUCUCCUUGUCCUUCCUGAAAAACCUCCGCCUGAUCUUAGGAGAGGAGCAGCUAGAAGGGAAUUACUCCUUCUAUGUCCUGGACAACCAGAACUUGCAGCAGCUAUGGGACUGGGAUCACCGUAACUUGACUAUCAAAGCAGGGAAAAUGUACUUUGCCUUCAAUCCCAAAUUGUGUGUUUCUGAAAUUUACCGCAUGGAGGAAGUGACAGGAACUAAAGGACGCCAGAGCAAAGGGGACAUAAACACCAGGAACAAUGGAGAGAGAGCCUCCUGUGAAAGCGACGUCCUGCAUUUCACCUCCACCACCACGUGGAAGAAUCGCAUCAUCAUAACCUGGCACCGAUACCGGCCCCCUGACUACAGAGAUCUCAUCAGCUUCACCGUUUACUACAAGGAAGCACCCUUUAAAAAUGUCACAGAAUAUGAUGGCCAGGAUGCCUGUGGCUCUAACAGCUGGAACAUGGUGGACGUGGACCUCCCACCCAACAAAGAUGUUGAGCCUGGCAUCUUACUGCAUGGGCUGAAGCCCUGGACCCAGUACGCCGUUUAUGUCAAGGCUGUGACCCUCACCAUGGUGGAGAAUGACCACAUCCGUGGGGCCAAGAGUGAAAUCUUGUACAUUCGCACCAAUGCUUCAGUUCCAUCCAUUCCCCUGGACGUGCUUUCGGCAUCAAACUCCUCUUCUCAGCUGAUCGUGAAGUGGAACCCUCCCUCUCUGCCCAAUGGCAACCUGAGCUAUUACAUCGUGCGGUGGCAGCGGCAGCCUCAGGACAGCUACCUUUACCGGCACAAUUACUGCUCUAAAGACAAAAUUCCCAUCAGAAAGUACGCCGAUGGCACCAUUGACAUCGAAGAGGUGACAGAGAAUCCCAAGACGGAAGUGUGUGGUGGAGAAAAAGGGCCUUGCUGUGCUUGUCCCAAAACUGAAGCCGAAAAGCAGGCCGAGAAGGAGGAGGCUGAGUACCGCAAAGUCUUCGAGAAUUUCCUGCACAACUCCAUCUUCGUGCCCAGACCUGAAAGGAAGCGAAGGGACGUCAUGCAGGUGGCCAACACCACCAUGUCCAGCCGAAGCAGGAACACCACGGCAGUGGACACCUACAAUAUCACAGACCCAGAGGAGCUUGAGACGGAGUACCCUUUCUUUGAGAGCAGAGUAGACAACAAAGAGAGAACCGUCAUUUCGAACCUGCAGCCUUUUACACUGUACCGCAUCGAUAUCCACAGCUGCAACCACGAGGCUGAGAAUCUGGGCUGCAGUGCCUCCAACUUUGUGUUUGCAAGAACCAUGCCUGCAGAAGGAGCAGAUGACAUUCCUGGGCCAGUCACCUGGGAGCCAAGGCCUGAAAACUCCAUCUUUUUAAAGUGGCCAGAACCUGAGAAUCCCAAUGGAUUGAUUCUAAUGUAUGAAAUUAAAUAUGGAGCACAAGUUGAGGAUCAACGGGUAUGUGUGUCCAGACAGGAGUAUAGGAAAUAUGGAGGGGCCAAGCUGAACCGGCUAAACCCAGGGAACUAUACAGCCCGAAUUCAGGCUACCUCUCUGUCUGGGAAUGGAUCAUGGACAGACCCUGUGUUCUUCUAUGUCCAAGCCAAAACAGGAUAUGAAAAUUUCAUCCAUCUGAUCAUUGCUCUGCCCGUGGCUGUCCUCUUGGUCGUGGGAGGGUUGUUCCUCAUGUUGUACAUCUUCCACAGAAAGAGAAAUAACAACAGGCUUGGGAAUGGAGUGCUGUAUGCGUCUGUGAACCCGGAGUACUUCAGCGCAGCUGAUGUGUAUGUGCCUGACGAGUGGGAGGUGGCUCGAGAGAAAAUCACCAUGAACAGAGAGCUCGGGCAGGGGUCGUUUGGAAUGGUCUACGAAGGAGUUGCCAAGGGCGUGGUUAAAGAUGAGCCUGAAACCAGGGUGGCCAUAAAAACGGUGAACGAGGCCGCAAGCAUGCGUGAAAGGAUUGAGUUUCUCAACGAGGCUUCUGUGAUGAAGGAGUUCAAUUGUCACCAUGUGGUGCGGUUGCUGGGUGUGGUGUCCCAGGGCCAGCCAACACUGGUCAUCAUGGAGCUGAUGACACGGGGUGAUCUCAAAAGUUACCUCAGGUCUCUGAGGCCGGAAAUGGAGAAUAAUCCAGUCUUAGCACCUCCAAGUCUAAGCAAGAUGAUCCAGAUGGCUGGAGAGAUUGCAGAUGGCAUGGCGUACCUCAAUGCCAAUAAGUUUGUCCACAGAGACCUUGCUGCCCGGAACUGCAUGGUGGCCGAAGAUUUCACUGUCAAAAUUGGAGACUUUGGUAUGACUCGAGACAUCUAUGAGACAGACUACUACCGGAAAGGAGGGAAAGGCUUGCUGCCUGUGCGCUGGAUGUCUCCCGAGUCCCUCAAGGACGGUGUCUUCACCACUCACUCAGACGUCUGGUCCUUUGGGGUCGUCCUCUGGGAGAUCGCCACACUGGCUGAGCAGCCCUACCAGGGCUUGUCCAACGAGCAAGUCCUGCGCUUCGUCAUGGAGGGCGGCCUUCUGGACAAGCCAGACAACUGCCCCGACAUGCUGUUUGAGCUCAUGCGCAUGUGCUGGCAAUACAACCCCAAGAUGCGCCCGUCCUUCCUUGAGAUCAUCCGCAGCGUCAAGGACGAGAUGGAGCCCGGCUUCCAGGAGGUCUCCUUCUACUACAGUGAGGAGAACAAGCCACCCGAACCAGAGGAGUUGGACCUGGAGCCGGAAAACAUGGAGAGCGUCCCCCUGGACCCUUCGGCCUCCUCGUCCUCCCUACCACUGCCUGACAGACACUCUGGACACAAGGCUGAGAAUGGCCCGGGCCCUGGAGUGCUGGUCCUGCGCGCCAGCUUCGAUGAGAGGCAGCCUUAUGCACACAUGAACGGGGGCCGUAAGAACGAGCGGGCGCUGCCGCUGCCCCAGUCCUCCACCUGCUGAUGGCCGCCCCAGCCCGUGCACACAGGAACGUGGUGCCGCUCGGUGCCGGGAGGGGGGAGAGCAAGGUUCACAAUCUAGUCACGAGCCUCCUGUACCUCAGUGGAUCUUCGGAACUGCUAUUGCUGCCCAUGGAGACAGCUUCUCUGCAGUAAUCACGUUUGGGAUGUUCCUUUUCUCAAUAUGCAAGCAGCUUUUAUUUCCUGACCCAAACCCUUACCUGACACGGGCCUUUAAAAACCUUAAUGACACUUAAUUACAACAGAGCACUUGAGAAUCCAGUCUCCUAACUCUCUCUUCCUGACCCUUCCCCCUUCUCUCUCCCCUCUCUGUCUCUCUCUCUCUUUCUCUCUCUCACACACACUCCUUUCUUUCUUUCUGCUUCAUAACAGGACAAUAUUUAUCGCCAGCCUGGCUGGGAAGCCCUUUUUAUCAGAUUGAGGAAAAGGCUGUCCCAGUGGCCCCAAGUGACACCUGCACCCACUUGCCUGACACCAUAGGUCUUUAUAAGAGAUACAUUGAGAUGGAAAUUUUUAGCUCUACCUUUAACCUUUUUAGGGACACAUGAAAUUCAAAAAGGGCCAUCUUUAUGUAAGGUCGUUACCAUUUUAACGCUGCCAAAUUUUGCCAAAAUGCUGAACUUUCUCCCUCACAAUCCCUGCACUGAUUUUUUCAUGUCCAGAGCAUGGACUGAGCAUGGCAUCUCUGUGUGAGAGACACGUUGGUGACACACUCCAUCUGACUGUCCCCUGAUCUCUUCAAGUCCACAUUCAUGCAGGUCUCAUUAUUUUCAACUAGGUCAUGAUUUGGGGGAACUGGACACAAUGGGACUCUCUCAGCAAAGAUGGGGAGAAGCUGAGCCAGCUUCCUGUCCCACCCCCACAAAUUCUGGAGGAAACGGGCCCUGCAGGAGUCUAGGAGACAGGCUUUGCAUCCAGGCGACCCUGCACGCCUGCUCUUCACCCAAGCCCCAGCACCCCUAGCCCGGCCCCCAGGACACAGAAGGGAAGGGGUUUCCAGGGACUCAGCCCAACCGCUAUUGCAGGUUUGCAAGGAAGGAAAUCCAAACACCACCACAGUGAGAAGAGAAGCAGUGCACGGAUUCAAGCGUUCUGAGCUUUGUUGACAUUUCCUCUGUUCCUAGGACUUCUUCAUGGGUCUUACAGUUCUAUGUCAGACCAUGAAACAUUUGCAUACACAUCGUCUUUAAUGUCACUUUUAUAACUUUUUUACAGUUCAGAUAUUCAUCUAUACGUCUGUACAGAAAAAAAGCUGCUAUUUUUUUUGUUCUUUAUCUUUGUGGAUUUAAUCUAUGAAAACUUUCAGGUCUACCCUCUUCCCUUCUGCUCACUCCAAGAAACUUCUUAUGCUUUGUACCAGAGUGCGUGACUUUCUUCCUCUCCCCCCACCCUGCCCCCCGUCAUUGAUACUUCUACAACAUACUUUGCCAUGAACUGUUUGAUGCCUUUUUAUAAAUACAUCCUCCCCUCCCGGCUCCCACCUGCCCCACUAGUUGUUUUCUAACCCGAAGGCUCUGUAGGCACGAGGCCAGUGGGGGAAUGAGGUGGAAAGAAGAGCCUGGGGCCCACCCUGAGAGGACUGCAGUCCCCUCUCCUCAGCCCCCUCACAUGGCAUUGGAGUCUGUUACAGUGCAAGACAUGGUACAAACUCAGGUCAGAAAAAAAAAAAAAGGUUAAAUAUUUCGCACAUCCUCUUUCAGUGUUUAUAUUCACCAUUGUUGACAAGUCUUACCUUCUCUUUUCCUUGCCUUUGUUUUGGUUGUGACACACACAUAUAUAUAUAUAUUUUUUUAAUUCUUGGGUACAACAGCAGUUUUUAACUGCAGACACUAGGCAUUUGGAUUGCUAUUUUGUUUUAAUGGAUAUUUAAUCCUUCCAUCCAGUGAAAAACAGCUGCUGAGUCCAAGGGUACAGCAGAGUGGGGUCCAGCACGCCCCACUGGGGCCUUCUGCCACCACCCUCACCAGACCGACCUACCUGUCUUGAGAACCAGAACAUCCCAGGGGACCUUCUUUUGCAGGGCGGGGAGUGGUACCCUGGGAUCUGAGCUAGCCCAGACAGCAUCUUUAGGAGUAUACACAAGCCAGCACCCAGUCUGCUAGCUAGGGCACUAGUUGGGGUGGCACAGACACCUGUGGUGGCCCAAGGGACCCCCUUUUGCCUUUCCCAGGGGACCAGAGAAAGCUCUGGCGCUGGCCCACUCUCCCUCAGUUAGGAAUCCAAGUCCUUGGGGACCUGGGGGUCUUGUUUUGUCUAGUUUUUAGCACUUCUCACCAGAGUGAUGACAACACAAGAGUUGCUGCUAGAGCAGAAAUGUUUAAAUUAUGAGUAAGAACAAAGCUAAAACAUGAUGAUUGCUAGUUGCGACUGGAGACUAACACAAAAGAACGUUUGUAGUGCUUUUUUGCUUGUCGGCAGUUUUUGUCUCACUGCUUUCUCUACAGCAUGUCCCAUAGUGUUUUCCCUUUAAAAAACAAAAAGAAGAAAAAGAAUACACUUAACUAAGAAGGUAUUAUCUGUAGGAAUUUUCUUUUAAUUUAUUUUGUGAUACCAGUUGCAAUCACUGUAGAGACGCCCCAUUAUAAAUUUAAAUACUGAGGAAAAGGUGUGUGUGUGUGAGAGAGCAUGAGUGAGAAGACGGGACAGUUUUUUAUGUUGGUUUUUUUUUUCCCAAACAUUUAUCUACCUCACCCUUAUUUUUUAUAUGUGUAUAUAGCAAAAAGAAUACAUCUCACCCUUCUUAGCACCUGACAACAGGCCAUUGAUACUGGUAACCUCAUACACACCCUGGUGACACAGGGAGAGGCCAGGCUGUAUUCUGGGGUCAAAGCAACACUAAUUCCCCUCUCUACACCUUUCAAACAGCUUGCCUUUUUUCUGAGAUGUCUCAUUUUGUGUUGCUUUUAUCCUUCUUUUUCCUAACGUGGUUUCCUCAGAGGUCGUGAGGUAUCAGGAUUUUCUUCCUCCUAGCUCAGGCUGAGAAGGGCACUGGAGCUCUCCUGGGAGGGGCACUCAGCUGCCCCUGGCUGGUUGUCUUUGGAACAAAAUAUUUUAUGCAGAUUGGCUGACCAAGAGAUUCCGUCUUUGAGAGAGUAGUGGUUCCAAAGGUUUUUGACGACAGAAAGGUGCCGAGGGCCGCAAAUGGUCUCUCUGUGGGAAUCCUAUGGGCAGUUGAGCAGGGUCUUUGAUUUGCCCCCCUCAGUGGCCACUCUGGCAGCCCUGGAUGAGGCCUACACUGAAGCAGGGACUUACUGCCACCACUGUGUUCCACGCAAAGGUGCAGCUGCAUCAGCAGUGUGACGGCUUAGUCCACCUGGCCUCUGAGCCAGAUUGCAGAAGCUCUUGGCAUCCUGGCCAGGCCAAGGUGGGAUGCAUGAGAGAGUAUAAUCCCUCCCCUCCAGAUCCUCUCUCACCUUCACUUUCCCCUCCCCCAGGGGUGAACAAUGAUAUACCAAACCUUCGGGCUGGACAGGCCAUUGGUUGGCACCAAGUCUUCCACCAGGCCUGUGCCUCCGUCCAUCCUGCUGCUCAUAGGAGUGGACGGCACACUCCCCACUUCCAGAAGCUGCUCUUACAGGCACUGGUGAUGUUAGCUGGAAAUGAGGUGGGUGGCUUUCCCCAGGUGUGACUGGCUCCAUCACACAGCCUCAAUGCCAAGUGAAGAUCAGGAGCCUUCUCUCUCCCUCCCACAGGAGCACUGCCCUUCUCUCCCAAGUCCUCGGGGAUCUGAAGGUCAUUGACAAACAUUAUUAGAUCAGGGUUUUCUUCUUCUACUCUGUAGGUGACCCCAUGGAAUAGUGGCCUCCUCUCUUUGCACAUAUCUACCGGUUUCCACAACUGGAUUUCUGCAGAUCAUUCAGCUGGUUAUAAGGGUUUCGUUUAAACUGUCUGAGUUGUUGGUGUCAUUCUGUUUUUGUUUUAUGUAGGUGGCUUUUCUUUAAGUAGAAAGAAAACACUAGCAUUUAGUGCCCAUCACAACAAAUGCUUCAGUAACACGUUAGUCAAAGAGAACAUUGUGCGUGUGUGACGGUGCAGUCAUUUUGCUGGACCAACCCAUUCACCUUGACCAUACCAAGGCAUUUGUCCGCAGUUUUAGCCUAAUUUCAUGCUGAUUUCUCACCUCUUCUUGAUUUUUCUCUUUUGUGUGUUCCAAAUCUUACCAAGCUAAGUUGUGGCGUUUUCCAUGCAACCUCCUUCUGACAGCAGCUCACACUGCUUAAAGUAACAUGAACCACUGAGGCACAUCACAGCAUUGAUGUGAGCAUUAAGACAUUCUCCCACACAGCCCUUCUCUGAGGCAGCAGGAGCUGGUGUACUCUGGAGACGAUGUUGAACUUGAGCUGUGUGAGACCCAUACCACCCCAGGUCUCCUUCAUGACAUGUCAUGACUUUGACAUGCAGAGGAAAUGAGAUUCCUUCUUGGAAGAUAGAAGACUGUGUUUGUGGCCAACACUGACCUCUCCUUCUAGCCUGUUUCUUAGGAUGAGGAAAAACAUUUCCAUGGUAAGAAAAGUGGCUCCAUAAAAUGGAAGAGUAGUCACUGUGGAACUACGAAAUGGCAGAAUGCUUGGUAUGAAGGGGCGUGUUCUAUUUGGUUGAGAUGACAUCUGUGAACCAAGCAUGAUGCCAGAUUCUAGGCCAGUUUUUGCCACCGAAGCUUCUUCCUUGACAGCCGCCUCUGUUGGCAGGUGGAUAUAUGCAGGCGUUUGCUAUGGCAAAGUCACACUGGGCCCACACACUGGGCUCAGAUGGGUGAGGAGGUGAGGAUGCCUGACAAGGUCCUCAGCUGUCACUGUCGGGUCCUCCCAGGGUGGCCAAAUAGUGUUGAUGGCCACUCAAUUCCAAAACAUAGGUGCCCUCCAGUUGACAAGUAACUCCAUGGUUUGACUUGGCCCAUUCUAGCAGUUUCAGUAAUGCACUUAAGGUUUGGGGUUUGUUCUUUUGUUGAUGUUACUUUGUAUUGUCAGCUGUCUUUUCUUUUCCUGGGCUAAGUGGCAUUGGGAGACGUGGACCAGAGAUCCACUCCUUAAGAAUCAGUAAUGAAAGCCAGACUUUCUUACUCCACUCUGAAGUAGUUGGUAUAGUACAAAUGAGAACUUCAAGAGAGGAUGUUAUUCAGAUUGAACCUCUGUUGCCAGAGAUGCUGAAGAUACAGACCUUGCACAGGCCAGAGGAUUAAGAAUUUUGGCCUCCAACUUUACAGCUGGGUUGGUCAUUGGAGAAAUGAACGCUCCUUGAUGGUGACAUGACCAGGCAGUAGGAAGCCAUUGUUACGGGGAUCCUGACAUGACGAGGAGGACUGCAAACAGACGGGUAUAGGGCUUGGAAGAAACGUGGACAGUGUUUGGAACUUGAUGUAUCAGACCACAUCAAGGCUCAACAGUCGUCCAUGGGCCUUUAGUUUCAACAAAUAAACCCAACAUCCUACUCUAGAAACUUAACGUGGAUUUAAGUCAAAUUAUUCAGUUACAUGAACUACAUCGCACUCAUCAGUUGUCAAUUCUGGGGCAUAACUUUAGGGGUUUUGUUUUAUUUUGUUUCUACAGGUACAUGAUGAUCACUCAUUUGUAUGUCCGUGUUUGUGUGUCCGCAUCUUUCUGGUAAACAUUGUUUUUAGUCACUCAUUAGCGUUUUCAAUAGGGCUCUCAAGUCCAGUAGAUUACGGGUAGUCAGUUGACGAAGAUCUGGUUUACAAGAACUAAUUAAAUGUUUCAUUGUGUUUUUGUAAAAACAUAGAAUAAUUUUCUAAAAUGUUUGUAGUUUAUAAUUGCCGGAAAUAAUUUAAAGACACUUUUUUUUCCUCUGUGUGUGCAAAACGUGUGUUUGUGAUCCAUUUUUUUUAGGAUACCUGUUUACUAGCUAGCUUUACAAUAUGCCAAAAAAGGAUUUUACCUUGACCCAAGCCGUGGUUCACCCUCUUUCCACCUCCCCAUGCUUUGUGCCCUAGUUUAUAACAAAGGAAUGAUGAUAAUUUAAAAAGUAGUUCUGUAUCUUCAGUAUCUUGGUCUUCCAGAACCCUCUGGUUGGGAAAGGGAUCAUCUGCUACUGGUCAUUUCCUUUGGGCAUAUAGCUGCUCUAACAGAUGGAGAGAACCUCACUGGCCGUGGAAACAGCAGAGGUGUGGCAGCCCAACAGCGCACGGCACUGUUCAGCAUCUGGUUUGGUUGGUCUGGUUGUCAUCAUUGUCAUGCAGUGCCACAGGAUGGGAAGACUUGACUGCACAGAUGAUGGUUUCCACGAUGAUGACCACAUACAGAUUGAGCACACAAAAGAUGACAGUUCUAGGGCACACAGGCCAUUUGCUUAUAUGCCACAUAUCAUGAUUAGUGCUUUGUAUAACAAGGAAGAGAAACUAUUUAUUUUUAUUUAAGGCAGAACACUGAAGAUACCUUUUUCCAAUACAGAAAAAAAUCUUUUUUAAUAAAGGCUACAACACACAAAACUGUUUUUAAAGUUUGACUCCAUGUCUUCUGUCUCCCAAUAGAUUAUUGGCCAUGUUUACCCAGGUCCACAAUAUCCCCAUCAUUGGAAAUAUCUGGAAUCUCCACAUUAUCUAGAAGGGUCCAGAAAAAAUUUUGUUUUUGUUUUCACCUUAUUUAGAUGUUUGGCAUUGCACAGACACAUCCACAGGUGGGACAGAUGCCUGGCAAAGAUACCUGCCUGCUUUCUAAGCCAGUGAGGUUGAGGUGAGAGGUUUGCCAGAGUUUGUCUACCUCUGGGAUUAAAAAAACUAAAAAAAUCAAACCAGAAGGCGCGAUGGAAUGGAUGCAUCGCAAACAAUGCAUUUUCUGAGUUUUCUUGUUUAAAAAAGUUUUUUAAAAAAAGUUUUUUAAAAGGUAAUAACAUGGCCAAUUUGUUACAUAAAAUGACUUUCUGUGUAUAAAUUAUUCCUAAAAAGUUCACUGUUUAUAUAAAAAAAAAUCAGUAGAUGAAAAAAAUGUCAAAAUGUUUUUGUAUAUUCUGUUGUAAGAAUUUAUUCCUGUUAUCUCAAGACUUUGGAUUCUUUACAUUAUGGGGGAAAAAGAAACUUUGUCUAUUUUGAAUGGCGGAAGCUAAGGCAACUUUAGUUUCUCUUACUCUGCUUUUUUCUAGUAGUUAAGUACUACAUGGUUUAAGUUAAAUAAAAGAAUUCUGUAUGCA